AUGAGGAGUGCAGACGUACCGCAGAGAGCAGAAGUGAUGACUUCGAAGGAGAAGCAAUUGUGCGCAUGUCUGAUUCAUGCGAUCGGGUGCAGAACGAAAUGCUCUCCAAUUGUGAUCAGCAAUGCCUUGUUUUAUAUGCAUCGAGUCUACCACAAAUUCUCUCAUGCCAAACUCAAACCCAUCGAUCUCGCCAUCACCACGAUUUUCAUAGCUAACAAAACGGAGGAUCUUCGUGUGCCUCUUUCACUUCUAAUUGACGCAGCCUACUACAUUGUAGGAAGUCGACAAACCCCGUCUCGAGCAAUGUAUCAUAAAAUAGCUGCCAAGAUUUUCUCGUUGGAGGGGAUGCUGCUUAUGUACCUCGGAUUUCAGUAUUUGGAGGGCAGGCAUCCACAUUUCGUUCUGGCCAAGAUGGAGCCAAAGGGGAAGUUGGCCAAGGACCUGUUGGAGUGCGCCUAUGUGAUCAGCAUCAAUAUGCUCCUCUUCACUACCUUCUGCUUGCGUUACUCUGCCGAGGAAGUGGCUGCUGCCUGUGUGAAAGUUGCUGCAACAUGGAUGAAACGUGAUAUGGGAUGCCAUGCGGAAGCCUGGCUGCAGGAGUUCGGUGAGGGUGUCAAGUUCGAGCUAAUUUGUGAGAUAGCUGAAGGAUUCAUAACCACCUUCAAUGAUGUUGACCCAAGGAUUAAAGAGGAGGUGAGAGCAACGAUGCAUAAAUAUAGACUGACUUUGAAUGAGACGUCGACGUCCGUAGAACGCCGUGAUGCUCGCCCGCAAGUACUUCCUCCUCCAGCCAACGUGCAUCCUUCUUCCUUAACAAUUCUACCCUCACCUCCUGCUCAACCUCAUCUUCAUCCUCCUCUUCUUAUUUCUCCUCCUUGCCUACAACCCGGUGUUAAUCAUUCUCUUCUUCCAAAUGCUCCCGUUCCUCCUCCCACACGACGUCAUCCUACUCCUAUUUUACGUUCUCCUCCUCUACCUCCGGAUUAUCCUACUUCUCUUCUUCAACAUUCACUCAUUCCUCCUCCUUCUCCUCUUCCUCUUCUUUCUCCUCCUCUGCCUCCUCAAAAUACUCCUCCUCCUCCUCCUGGUUCUCCUCCAUGUAAUCUUACUUUUCUUCCUCAAAAUUCUUCCAUUUCUCGACCUCUUUCUCCUCUUCGUUCUCCUCCCCUUCGUUCUCCUCGUCUUCCUCCUCAAAGUCCACCAUGCUCCACCAAGCGCUCCAGUAAUGCGCCACCAGGGCCAACUGAACGAGAUUCCACCUCAGAGAGUGGUGCAAAAAAGCCUCGCAUGGACCAGUACCACUACUACUAG